AUGAGUAGUUCACAUAGUGAAGUACGAAUUGUUGAAAAUCCGAAUGAACUCUAUGAAUAUAGUAAUAAUGUUCGACCACCACAUAAACCAAUACCAGCAACAUCUCAUUCUGCUAAAUUACAUGAAGAAACCAGUAUAACAAAAGAUAUUUCAUUAGAUUUUUUAAAAAAUAAAGUCGGAAAUAUUCGAGAUAAACCAGGUGGACAUAAUGCAGUAGCAUUAGAUUUAGUGACAUUUGCACCGAAAGGAAAAUUUUAUACAUUGAUUGGAGAAGAUUUAGAUGAAAAUGGUAAAAUUCAACCAUCAAUACAUUUAAAUUGGGAAUCAGGUGCAGCAUUUACAAUACCACUUAAUAUGUGGCAUUCACAUCAUAACGAAUCUGAAGAUGAAGAUGCAUGGAUUUUAUCAAUUCAAGAUGCUGGUCUUUCAUUACAUCAAGGAUUGUAUGAUAUUCGAUUUGCAGAUGAAGAAUGA